CAUCGAAGUCGAAACUUAGUGAAUACAGUUUUCUGAUUCAUUGGUUUUCCCUCUUCUAUUUCAUUGAAAUUUCGCAAAGUUUCUAUCAAAAGUUCUUUGCUUCAGAUAAAAAUCUUAAUUGAUUUCAAUUGAAAAAGUAUUGAAUUCAAACAAUGAAGAAAAUUCAAUUAUUGACGCGCGAACAUUAAGAUUUUUUACUAAAAUGGACUUACGACAGUAUUUGUUUCCGACAUUAAUUUUAUUAGUACUGGCAACAUGCAUUCAUGGCCUGCCGCGACAAAUAAAAAUCGGAGCAAUCUUUCACAAAGGCGAUGAAAAUCUUAACUCUACAUUCACAAAAGCAAUCUUUGAUACAAAGUAUGAAAAUCUUGCACCCGCAUUCGAGCUUAUCCCCAUCAUUAAGUUCAUCGAUGCUAAUACUGAUAGUUUUAAAACUGGUGCAAUUGCUUGCGAACUUCUUGAGGAAGGAGUAGCAGCUAUUUUUGGACCUCCAAGCAGGCAUACUCGUAGUAUAGUUGCGAGCAUUGCAGCUCGAUUUGAUGUACCGCACAUCGAAUAUGUUUGGCGGGAAAACGAAGAAUUAAUAGAGAAAAAUAAAAGAAAGAAGAUUCUAUCGUCAAAAAUGACCAUAAAUGUAUUCCCUACCAGUGAGAAAGUCAGCCAGGCAAUCGCUGAUGUUAUCGCAUCAAUGGAAUGGCGAAAUUUCGCAGCGAUUUACGAAAAUGAUGAGGGACUAUCGCGCCUUCAGAAGACUUUGACUCUAAAAGGAAACAAAGAAAAUCCGAUUGUACACACAGUACGACAGUUGAACGAAGGGUCAGAUUAUCGUACGAUACUUAAAGAGAUACGCUCUUUAUCGGUGUGCAAUAUAAUUAUUGACGUUAAGCCGGAAAAUAUCAUGAAAGUGCUCAACCAAGCAAAGGAAGUCAGAUUACUAGCAGAUUAUUGCAAUUUUGUGUUAACAUAUAUGGAUUCAUCCAAGCUAUCUAUCCUUGAAAUGCGAAAUGGUACCGUCAAUAUCACUGGACUGAGCAUAAGAGAGAAUGAUGAUAUAGAAGAAAUUGAUUGGCUGGAUUCAGCAGUUCUCUAUGACGCAGUAUUUUUAUUACAAAAAGCAUUAGAGACUUUAAAUGCAAGAAAUGAUAAUGAAGAAGAUAUUGAUCCUAUAUCACUUUUUUGUACUAAUAGUACUACAAAGUAUCAAGUAGGACCUAAUAUUAUCAGCAUUAUGCGAGAGUUGUCAAAAAUGGGAAAGAUAACGGGCGUUAUGAACAUUGACGAAUACGGUCGUCGACAAGAUUUUAAUGUAAAAAUUUUAAAUUUUCGACCAUCGGGUAUAGUACAAAUGGGUUUCUGGGAACCGUUGACCGGUGUAAAUGUCAUACGAACUGAAAAGGAGCAAGACAGCUAUUUAUACAAAUCCAUAGAAGAAAAGAUAUUCAAGAUUAGCGUAAUGGAAAGUGAACCCUACAUAAUGAAAGUAACGAAUGGAACGCACGGAGAAAUGAUCAAUCAAAUACGCUACGAAGGUUAUUGCAUCGAUCUGAUUAAUGCAAUCGCAGACUUUUUACAUUUCAAAGGAAUAGUGUUUGAAAUUGUAACUACUAAGCAGGGUAAAUAUGAUCCAGUAACAAAGACUUGGGAUGGUCUAAUCAGGCGCAUUGUGGAUCGUGAAGCCGAUCUUGCGAUAUGUGAUUUAACCAUAACACAUGAAAGGAAGUCUGCUGUAGAUUUUAGUCAUCCAUUUAUGAAUCUCGGUAUAAGCAUUAUAUUUAGCAAACCAGAAGAGAAGACACCAGACUUUUUUUCCUUUUUAUUACCAUUAAGUACAGAAGUAUGGUUCUACAUGGCUACUGCUUUUCUCGGUGUAUCAAUAAUAAUAUUUCUUCAAGCAAGAAUGGCACCAGAUGAGUGGGACAAUCCGCAUCCAUGCAAUGCCGAUCCUGAAGAACUCGAAAACAACUUCAAUAUAAAAAAUUCCUUUUGGUUGACUAUUGGUUCUCUUAUGCAGCAAGGUUCAGAUAUUUUACCCAAAGCACCGUCUCUACGCAUGCUUGCAAGCAUGUGGUGGUUCUUCACAUUGAUCAUGAUCAGCUCGUAUACAGCGAAUCUAGCUGCCUUUCUCACAGUGGACAAGAUGGAGACGCCUAUUAAAGGUGUUGAAGAUUUAGCUAAGCAGACGAAAAUUCAAUAUGGCGCACAACAGGGUGGAUCCACGUCAACCUUUUUUAAAAAUUCAAACUAUUCAACGUAUAAAAGAAUGUGGGCUGCAAUGACAGACGCUAGGCCAAGUGUAUUCACAUCAAGUAAUAGAGAUGGUAUCGAACGAGUUGUCAAGGCUAAAGGACAAUAUGCCUAUUUCAUGGAAUCCAGUAGCAUUGACUACCAAUUGGAGCGGAACUGCGAAAUAAUUAAAAUCGGGGGCUUAAUUGACAAUAAGGGCUAUGGCAUAGCUAUGCCGCGCAAUUCUGCAUAUAGAAUACCGAUUAAUCGUGCGAUCUUAAAGCUAGGAGAGCGAGGUAUAUUGUCAGAAAUAAAAAAAAAAUGGUGGCAAGAAAGAGGAGGAGGUUUAUGCACAAAGGAUGAAGAGGAAAAGAGUGAAAACACAAGCGAAUUAGGAUUGGCAAACGUCGGAGGUGUAUUCUUCGUUCUAAUGUGUGGGUUAUGUGGUUCAUUCUUUAUCGCAAUUUGCGAAUUUUUGUGGAAUAUACGUAAAGUCGCUGUGACAGAAAAGAUUACGCCGUGGGAAGCACUAGUUGCCGAAUUAAAAUUCGCUGUGAACAUUUUUGAAGUAACAAAACCCGUUAAAAUUUCCAAGAGCAACAACAACAGCGCAAGCUCCAUGGGUGGACUUGGCAGAGCUGCAUCCACGGCUCGAUCUAUCGUUGGCUCUUUCUUACGUCUUGAUAUAGUCGAUAAAAUCGAUAAAGAUCUCAGCACGAGUAACCGCACUAACGAUCGUAAAAUUAAUUGAUCAUUGCUAAAAGCACUGAA